CUCCAUUUAUAAGGUCACCGAUUGUGAGAAAUCAACACAGUUACACAUCGGGCUUCUCGCGAGUUUGGAUUUCAAAUUUCAACACAAUGACGCGUUACUCGCUUGGAAGUCUUUUGAUAUAUAUAAGUCUUUUGUUUAUUAUUACUGUACUGCAGAGAGCCGUCGGUCUACAGCCCAAAGAGGUUUGCCUGUUGCAAGUUGAUGAAGGACCGUGUGAUGACGCCAUAACUCGUUAUUACUACAACACAAUCACCCAGCAGUGUGAGGAAUUCAGUUAUAGCGGUUGUGCAGGAAAUUUAAACAGGUUUAAAUCCCUAGUGGAUUGCAAGAAAACAUGCUUCAGGAUACCAAAAAUUCCCCAGAUUUGUCGUUUUCAAAAGAAAGAGGGGCCCUGUCGUGCCAUCUUUAAGCACUACUACUUCAAUAUGACCUCCAUGCAGUGUGAACCUUUCGACUAUGGUGGUUGCCAGGGCAAUGCAAACAACUUUGAAAACAUUCAGGCAUGUGUGGAAUAUUGCAUUCCUCCAAAAAUCCCUGUCAUUUGUCAAGACUUUUUGGACCCAGGGAAGUGCUCAGCUUCCAUACCAAGGUAUUACUACAACUCUGCCACAAAGACAUGCCAGGAGUUCAUAUACACGGGAUGUGGAAGAAGCAGCAACAACUUCAAGUCCAAACAAGACUGCAUGGAUGUGUGCGGUAUCACUGCGGCUAAACAUUGGAAAAAACCAAUGAUAAGAGUUCAUAAAAAGUUCAUAAAACGUACAAUGGAUCAGCCCAAAAGGAUGCAACAGGCCAAAUAAUUGUUCAUGAAGUCAUGUGCCACAUUUUUGACAAAGAUACUUGCACUUAUUUUACAGUAUAGAAGUUGAAGUUAUUCAAACAGGCAGUCUUUUCUCAACAAAAUAGGCAUCUGUAUCCAUUAUUAUUUGAUCACUCUGUGUGCAUAUGAUAUUAAAUGUUCUUAAUGGAUCAAUUUUGUUUUAUAUUUCCAUGGAUUUUGCACAUGUGCAUUUUUUUUUUUUUUUUUUUUUUUUUUUGUAUUAUUAAAAAAGUAUUUGUCUUACACUGUCUUUUAAAGUGAUAUAGCAUAAUGUUACUGACAUUACAUUUCAGACAGCUCAUUGGAGCUCUUUAUUUCUUUAACCAGAAUGCUUGAUUAACUAAGGCUGGCAGCUGCUAUCAUCUCAAGUCUAGCAGUAGUAACAUGACAGUCAUUUCAAAAUGCUAGUGACACUUAACGUGACAAGGACAAGGAUGAAAAAUGAUUGUGCUCUGUUCACUCUUUGGUGACUCAUGGCUGGUCGUGCUUAAGCAAACCUUGUCCGAUAGAGUGAGAAAUUCCAUGGUAUAUCAUGCAGCUCUCACUGACCUUGGGUGACAUUUAUAUUGAUUUUAUGUAAAUACACAUUCCAUUCUUAAAUAAAUGUUGUGUGGAAUUAUGUUAUUCUUUUGUAGUAAUAAACAGAACUUGACCCACUUCAAUGUACACCUACUUCUGGCUUUAAAUUACCCAGAAUAAACAAGCAUUUGUGAGUCUUUAA